GUUAUCUUCCUUUUGUCCGCGGCAUCGGCGUUCUUCGAAUCCGAUUCUCCCUUUUUAAAUAUAUCGUCUUUCUCACUUUGGUGAAAGAAAGGUGAUAUUUUGAUUCUUCUCUGUGUUUGUCUGCGUUGGAUUCGGGAAGAAAAUGGCGGCAGCGAACAGAGGGCGAGCAGAACACUGUUCCAGUCCGGAGAGGACGAAAGUAUGGACGGAGACGACGAGGAAGAAGAAGGUUUCUGUUGUUUACUAUCUCUCAAGGAAUGGGCAGCUUGAACAGCCUCAUUUCAUGGAGGUCACUCUCUCUUCAAGAGAUGGACUUUACUUGAGAGAUGUCAUCAACCGUCUUAAUUUUCUCCGAGGAAAUGGAAUGGGGAGUUUGUAUUCUUGGUCAUCGAAGAGGAGCUAUAAGAAUGGAUUCGUGUGGCACGAUCUGUCAGAAGACGAUUUUAUAUAUCCAGCACAUGGGCAGGAGUAUGUUCUCAAAGGCUCUGAGCUUCUUCGAUCUUCUUCUUCCCCUGCAUCACACGAAACUACAGACUCUGAGAGGGCGGAUUUCCCUCCGGAGAGAAGGAAGAAGAUGCCGUCGAGGUCUACUUCUAUUGAUUUUGCAGAAUAUAAAGUCUACAAGGACAAAUUGAUGUCAGCGGAUGCUUCCGUGAAGGCGUUAGACGCGGCUACGCAGACGGACGACGAGUGGAGGCGGCGGCGGCGGAGGGUUUUUGGGGAGGGUGAGGACGUCGGAGAAAACGGAGGAGAAGUUAUGGUGGAAGAGGGUAAUCCGACGACGGAGCUCUGCUGCGACGAGAUAUCUCCACCGCCAUCUUCUUCGAGCACGGAGACCUUGGAAUCCCUUAUUAAGUCCGACGGACGCAUCACUGUUACAUCCGCCGUCGGAGUUGGCGAUGAGAAUCUCCGGUCGGCGGCGGGAUGCACAUCUGGGAGGUUUCGAGCUUCCGCGUCGGCUGUGCUGAUGAAUCUUAUUUCUUGCGGCUCGAUCUCAGUGAAGGAUCACGGCGGCGUUACCGGCGGCGGGUACUUUCCACCUCCGCGGGGCAGGCCGGCGGAGCAUUCGGAGACAACACAAUGGAAUAGGAGGAAGCUUCAUAGUCGGAGUCGAGAACUUUUGAUGAAAGGUGUUGUGGAAACUUCGAACGGUGCAAUUAGACAUAGUAAACGAGAGAUUCAGACAAAGAUACACAGAUGA